UAAGCAGCGGCGAAGAUAUCUAAAACCUCGAAGAAGAGAAGGCACCCGAGAGAAAAGGCCGAAUAAUAAUAAUUAUAAUACUAAAAAAAAUAGAUUAGUUUGUAGUUCUUGUAAGCUGCCGGAGUAACGCUUCAGUUUGACUUUAACCAUUUCUCCUGUCGCGGGUUUAAUGCCAUCCUCCAAAGCUGGCUCCCACAGCGCAUUAUGACUGAGCAUUCUUCUGGACGUACCCAUCCAAAGAUGGCCUCUGCACUCCAUCUAACUGUAAGACUUCAGACGGGGCAAAAGGAUGAUGAGCAAGAACCAGUGGAGGAAAUUGGAGGUUUAAUCAACUCGGAUGGAGAGGUGACGGAAUGGGAUGGAAGAGCCAUUUCUGACCAAGAGUCUGAUUGUACUGAAGUCUCUCAAUCUAAGAAGGAAGUCAUUCUGGAUGAUUCUGAACUGAAAGACAAAAACCAGAGGGACAGCAGUACUCCAGGACUUAUCAUGGAAGUUACAGAAGAUGAUGAGGAAGACAAGGAACGGAAAUGGGAAGAAGGAGUAAUAAAGACGACAAAGAUCUCACCUUUACAUCCUUCAAGAACACGACGGAGACGACUAAAAAAGGUUAGGCUGCAGUCUUUGGAAAACCCAAAAAAAGGAGAGCAUGUCCCGUUUAGCACUGGAAGACGAAUCAGGAGACAGCCUUCCUGCUCUCCACUGCUGUGUGGGGAGGACUCUGAGACAAAUGAAGGAGUAUCAAGGAGAAGCAGAAGAAGAAGAAAUAUUUGCAGCUAUGCAGAACCAGAGAAAAUAAAUUCAGAAACAAUCCCCUGUGUUACUGCAAAACGACCUUUAUGGAAGAAAGGACCCAAACCGUCUGCUGAGGUAGAAAAGAAAAGUGUUUCAACAGGGAAGCGUGGUCCUCGGAGAAAGAUUUUCAGUGGACCAAUAGAAAUCCCUCCUGAGCUCCUGAAACAACCCAAGGAGAAAAUUGAGUACCGCUGUUCUGUUUGUGGCAAAGAAUUUCCCCAUGCGUACAAACUAGAGCGACACGAGCUUAUCCACACGGGGGAAAAACCCUACUGCUGCUCCAUUUGUGGUCGGGGCUUUAAUCAGAAAGGGAAUCUCAAAACGCACUUCAAAGUCCACCUUGGUCAAAAAGAUGCUGCAGACUUAGAAGACGAGGUGAAUCCAACCCCAUCUGAUCUUUCUGAAUAUUUGAAGUCCCUGCCAGGGGAAUCUAAAAUCCGGUCGUCCCUGCACUGUCUAGAGUGUGGGAAAGACUGCGAAAGCCAGUCGGCUUUACAGGCCCAUCACGUCACUUCACACCGCGAGGCAACAGCUGGAUCGGAACCAGCCGAGCACAGCGUGUCACAGUUCCUCUUCUGCCGCCGUUGCGGCAUUCAGUUUGAAGACAAAGAGAAGAUGGGAGAGCAUAUGAAAACACACAUCAAGGAGAAGCGCUACUCAUGCCCGGACUGCGGCAAGAGGUUCAUCAAUGAGAGCUACAUACAAAUUCACCAGCGCAUCCAUACGGGUGAGCAACCUUUCCUCUGCUCGCUCUGUGGCAGAGGUUUCCACACAGCUUCCUCCCUCAAACUUCACGAGAUGCAGCACUCCGGGGAGAGACCUUAUGCCUGUUCCAUCUGCGGAAAGAGGUUUCAGAUCAACUCCUACCUAAAUGCACACUACCAGACCCACAUUAAGGACAGGCCGUUCAUCUGCAGCGUCUGUGGGAAAGGCUACUCCAGAGCCGAGGAACUGAAGGUCCACCACAGGCUCCACACUGGAGAGAGACCCUACAAGUGUGGGCAGUGUGAAAAGAGUUUCAUCUACAGGCAGGGGCUGCGGCAACACCAGCGGACGCACGCUGGGCCCCGCAUUGGGCCAACCAAGCAACUUGGCAGACCCAAACAACAGAACAAGAUGGAAAUCCUACAGAGAGUCAAAUAUGAUUUAACUGAAAUGGGUUCAGAGAACUUGGACCAAUUUGGACCAGCAGCGGUCUUUGUUGAUGAAGAUGAACAAGAAGUAGGGGGCCUAAUCAACUCUGACGGGGAGGAAGUGGAGUUCUCUGAAAUCCGAGUAAAUGCCAUCUCAGGCAUUGUCCCUGCCGAGGCUCCCUCUAAGAAGCUGAUUCAGAGUGAGAGGGAAAAGCUGCCAUCCCUCCACCGCUGCUCAGUAUGUGGAAAAGACUUCCCUUAUGCCUCUAAGCUUCAGCGGCAUCUGCGUACUCACUCAGGAGAAAGGCCUUUCCCCUGCCCCAUGUGUGCCAAGAGAUUUCCAGAAAAGGGGCUCCUUAUGAUUCACCAAAGGAUCCACACAGGUGAGAAGCCGUUCCCAUGUACAUUCUGCGAGAAGCGCUUCGCCAGUCAGGGGGAGCUGCGGCUUCACCGCCGCACACACACGGGCGAGAGGCCCUAUCACUGCUCCAUCUGUUUGAAGAGUUUCUCUCGACACUGGCACCUGAAAACACACCUGGAGGCAAUGCACUGCGAGGUUGUCGCAGGCUUUACCAGGAAGAAGUUUCCAUGUUCGGCCUGUGAGAAAAGCUGCAACUCGGCAGCUGAGCUGAGGGACCAUCAGCGGACUCACACCGGAGAAAGGCCCUUCCAGUGCUCGUUCUGUGACAAACGAUUCGCCUUGUCGGGAACGCUUGUGAGACACGAGCGUCUUCAUACUGGUAUUACCCCCUACCACUGCUCCGACUGUGGCAAGACCUUCGCCCAGCAGUGGACGCUUACGACGCACAUGAGGACCCACAGGGGAGAAAAACCAUACAGCUGCACUCAGUGUGAUAAAUCGUUUGUUGCUCCUGGGGAGCUUCGGCGGCACACGAGGAUCCACACUGGGGAAAAGCCGUACACCUGCAGCGACUGUGGUCGGCACUUCUCCUUGGCAGGAACUCUGAGAAAUCACAAACGGUCGUGUUUGCAGAGCAAGAGCGACUCUAUUACCAACGUCACGUCGGGUGUGACUCAAGCUGCCACAGACGAGUCGUCUCAGGAGAGAAAGACCAGCUGCAUUAGCUCUGAGGUGCAUCAAAGUUCAACCCAUCCGGAAGCAGCUGAGCCGCUCUCCUCACAGCCUCGUAACUGCACCACAUCUCCUCAGCCAGAAGUUAUUCUAAAGGAAGCAGAAGACCCUUCAGAGAACCGCAUUCCCUCUCCACACAUGAAUGUAAUAGUAAAGGAGGAGGAAGAAGAGGAACCCUUAUACGAGGAAACAACAGACCAGACAUUGGAUGGAGAGAGCUGCGAGACUCCAGAGGAAAAUAAAGAGGAGCAUCAGCAAAGCAACACAGAGAUUAGGAUUACAGUGAAGGAUGAAGAGGAGGGGCCAUUAAAUGAAAAUCCUGAAGCCGACAAACCCGGUGCGAAACGUGGGCUUCAAACACCGCCUGCUGAAAAGCGAAGUAGAAACAAUUCAACGAAGGGUUCCUACUGCUGUGGGCUCUGCGGAAGAGACUGCCACAAGAUGUCUGCGCUUCAGAUCCACAUGCGAAUCCACUCGGGAGAAAAACCUUACCAGUGCUCGCUGUGUGGGAAAGGGUUUACUCAGAAAGGUCAACUGAAAGGUCACUUUAAAGUCCACACAGGUGAAAAGCCAUAUACCUGCCCAGAUUGCGGCAAGAGCUUCGCCCACUCGGGAGCCAUGAACAGACACAGGCUCAUCCACACGGGCGAGAAGCCUUACCACUGCUCCUUGUGCUCCCUGAGCUUCAAUCAGUCCGGCCGUUUGAGAGAACAUGAAAAAAUCCAUCUGGGGGAGAAGUAUGACUGUCCUGAGUGUGACAAGAGCUUCACACGUCCUUCAAGUCUGAAAAACCACAUCCGACUGCACACCGGGGAGAGGCCAUACGGCUGCGAUGUCUGCGGGAGAGGCUUCAGCCGCUCACAGAGCCUCAGGCUCCACAGGAGGAAACACUUUGAGAACGCAAAAGACUCUCCAACCACUCCAAAGAAUGACGACCUCUAUGAAAGCGAUAAUAACUCUCCAAUUAACAUGUGCAUAACAGAGAAAAAUGACUGAUCUAUUUAUUUAAGCAAAUGUAUACUAGUACUAUUACAAGUCUGUAAAAUGAGAAAGUGGAAAGUAAGGGUUUACCUCUGUGAAUUUGUUGUUACCCGUCCGUGAUAUUUCUAUAUCAAGUGUUAGAAACACAAAUAUUUAUCUCUCUGAAGUAAAAAUAAAACCUUUUUAUUAGAAACACACCUGAGGCAUCUACUACAAAUCAGGAUUAGUGGCUUAUCAUGGUAACUUAAGGCUUAGUUGGUUUUUUUGUUGUUGUUUUUUUUAAGAAUAACAAACCUCAGCUUUUACUUUGGUUCAUCAAUGUGGGACAUUUUAUCCUGAAGACGGUAAAAAUUCCAGAUUAAAGGUCCACAUAUCUGGACGCAUCAGCUCUGAUCUGCUCUCAUCAUUUAGAAAAAUGUAAUAAAAAAGGAAAAGUUUAGCAGUACUGUUCUCCAAAAUUACGUUUCACUGGGAAAGCCCUUCACAAUCUCAAAUGCGGCUUGAUUCCUUAAAGUUUUAGUUUUUUUUAAAAAGAGGCUGAGGAUUAAAAUCAAACUUUUUUAAUUGCUCAGCGUUCAAAUAAUUUUAAAGUUAAAAUAAAGAAAUGCAUAAUUUUAAGAAAAAUCUUAGAGGUUUACCCCGCUAUUGUAAAAGUUAUUCACAAAUAAGUAAAUAGUUUCAGCAGCCAGGUGCACCUCAAGAAACGUAUUUAUAUAGAGAAUCGAUUAAUAAUUGAAAAGAAUAAGUCUAAUAAACAUUAAUUACAAACUCAAAAGUUAAAAGAAUUGGAAACAGCAGAAAAAAUAUAUUGUGGUUGCAGCAUGUGGUGCUCCUCACAUUCCAAGAUGCUCUGAAUAAUAAAGAUGCAUCACUCUGCAUCUCACCAUGACCAGAUGCACUUUAUCCUUUAUGGCUUUUUUUCAUGGAUUAUAGUGAUUUAAUGUCUUCCUUUUGCCAUUGUUUUUUUAUAAAUCCAGCACUCAAAAUGUACUGCAGUGUUUUAUAAAUGGAGCAGCUAGGAAUCCAACAAAAGGUAAAGAAAAAGAAAAUUCCCCAUUAAGCAUUAGAGCAUACCUCUCAGACAUUAGGAUUUUUUUUAGACCACAUAAGUGAAAAGCAUCAAACAACAUGCUCUAAGUUAACUCCUUUAUAUAUUGAGCAUGGUGAGAGUUUUUAGGUUAGAAGCAUUUACUGAUAAAUAAAUAAAAAUGUUAAUCCAAACUUUCAAUUUAUAAAUUUGUUUCAUUUAUAAAUUAAAUAAUAUAUAUUUUUUAUUUUUAAAAAGCUUUUCCUGACAAAAAGGGACCAAACUUCAUCAGAAAUGGCAAAUUCGAAAAUGAAAAUGUAUUAGCAAAAAUUAUUCUCAUUUUAAAGACAAUGGUGCAUUUUAUUAACUUCUAAAUAAAAUUACAAAUAGAUCAUCAAACUGUUUUCAUUUUCUUCUGCAAGACUGUUCAUUGUGUUUUAGAUCUGAAGAGAAAACUAAGAAGAAAUUGUUUUUUUGUCAUGUCUGCUCUGCAAAACGUGUCACAUAAAUCAUUUCGAGGAGUUUGGAUUACCUGUUAUUAAUUUUUUAUGUUUGAGUCAAAGCAUGCAUCUUUGACUUUGAAAUGAAAAAGUAUCUCUGUUAAUGAAGGAAUUUGAUAUUUAAAGAUAAAUUUUGGAAACUUUUUUUUUUACUGCUAUUAUAAACUUCCUUUUCUUGAACAUCUUUACAAAACGAGCAGCCUUGAAUAAGAAAAAAGAUUUUAAAAUAAAACUAAAUUUUCUGUAAUUAUAAUUUCAAAUUUGAAAUAUUGAACAUUUUAGCUGCGACAACUUUUGAAAAUAACAUGUAAAACUUCAGCUUAUUGUUCUUAUUAAUUUACAAAAUGAGCAGUCCUGGAGAAGAAAUUGAAAAUGUGGUUUAAAGUCCUCAAUUGCAGCUUUAUUUUAAAUGAUAGAAAAUUUCUAGUAAU